AAAAUUGUUUUGAUUACGGAUAAAUUCUAUUGGUAGAAAGGACAUAAAAGUAAAGUUAUAAAACUUGACCUACAAUAACUGUGAGUCAUCGUUUGGAUCAUUAAUUUCCCCUACUUUGGCCGUUGAACUUGUAUGUUGUUAUUAUCGAGAAUUAUCGUAAAUAUAAAAGAGAUUUUUAAGUAGUAAAAUAUACACCAUUUUUAUAAAAGUGUAACACCAAUAAUCUUUAUUCAUUUUUACUGAAUUUUACACCCCAGUUCAACCGAUAGACCAAGGUCUCGUUUGUUUCUAAGCUGAUCCUGAGUAAUAUCACGUGUUGACUUUUUAUCUGUACAGUUUCUAAGUUCAGUAAUCUUCAAAUAAUAAUAAUAAUAAUAAUAAUAAAACAAUUAUAAGAGUAAUUUUUAAAAAAUAUAUUUUUAUGUAACUCGAAAUUUAAGCUGUCGAUUAUACAGUUCGAGUGUACUUUUAUGUAAGUAGUUUCGGUGUUCUUUUGUACACGUAGCUGUAUCGAUAUGAGUAAAUAUCGAUACAUGUACAUUCCUACGAGAUUUCUUUUAUAAAUUAUCAUUGGUUAUGUAAAAUAUUCCAAUGAAAUGUUUAUGUUUCCUUGACGUUUCCAAUUGAAGGACGUGCAACUAGUCAAAACUGGAUCAAGAGAAAUUAAAAAAUGAACGUAGAAAAGGAGAAAGAAUCUUUACUAUCGACCGAACGAGAAAAACAUUCUGUUGCAAAAUCUCAAUCAAAAGACGAUACUUAUAAAGGCGCCAGACCGAAGUUAAAACGAGAAGAAAUGAAAAAGAAGAGAAUGAUGCUUAGAAAAGCAAGGAGUUUAUCUAGAGGACAACUCGAAAUGGUUGCAGAAACGGAAAAAUCGAAGGAGGAAGAAGAAUCGCCAAGACAACAAUUGCUACCUAAUGGAAACGAAUUAGAAAAACACGAAGAACACGAAGAAAAAGAUGGAUGCCCGGAAUUUUUUGGAGUCAAAUCGUAUUUGCAUAGCUUCUACGAAUCGGUAGCCGUUAAAGAUCCAAAUAUAUACGAAGAAUAUGCAGAUUAUCGUUAUCUGAUAGCACCAAGGAAAAGAAAACGCGGUGCACUCUUCUGGAAAGGUUCCCUAUGGUUAGGCAUUAACCUCUUGGUGUUCGGUGUUGUACUGCUCAUGGUUGGAUAUUUGGUUCCUCGUAAAGAACCAGUUAUUGGACACCAACAAGAAAUGGCCAUAAUAGAUCACGCGGCACUCGAUUUUAAUCGUAACAUGGACUUGUGUAAAGUUGUCGGUUUGGUGGUAUUUUGCGUUGGUGGAAUUAUAUUAGUAGCGGCACUCCUCUUGCCAAGUUUGAUGAACCAAUAUUACGAAGAAGAUAUAACAAAUGAUAGUUUUAGAGUAGCUGUCGAAUGCCACGAAUCUCCUAAAAGUCCAACAGAUAAGAAAAUCCCGGCCACUGAAGAAGUAGCUAAUAUCCAACCUAAAAGAGGUUUAGAAAAUGAAGUAGUCAUGACAAAUGCCGGUUUGUGCAAAUUACCAUGAAGAAUUUUCUGUACACACAAUCCAAUUAAGGAUUAUGUUAUCAAAUUUCUCGUUUGAAAUUUUUUUUUCGAAUGGGAUUAAAUGUUAAGAGAUUUUACAUGUGAAUGCAUUGAUAAUGAUAUUAAACAAAUAGAAACAUACAAACACAAUGUUUAAAUAUUGAUUUAGAAUACCUCUAUACAUAAUACAGUUCCUUGUAACCGGAUCGAAUUUGAUCUGUAAUGUGUCUUACUCAGUAAACUAAAAUAUAUGUGAUGUUAUUAACCAUUGUUGAUGUUUCUCCUAGUUAAAUAUUUAUAAAUUGUACACAUAAUUAGCAUAAUUUCUUUAAAAAGGGCAAAAAAAAACACAAAAUGUUAUAUGUACUGUAUGUAAUUUUAACGGGAAUUUAGAUCAAGUAAUGUGUUUGUUGUGUACUUAAUUUACAUGCAAAGUCUAUAGUUUGACUUAAAUUUAUUGAGCUUUAAGACUU